AUGCCUCUCUCUCUGACAGUCAGGGUCCUUACACAGCUGCCUACAGUGCUCAGUUCCAGUGCAAAGCCACUGGGUUACGAGGCUGCUGCCUAUUACACGCCAGGCUCACAGAAGGACGAUGUAGAACUGAUUGUUUCUGAGGUGGCUGAGGAAGCAAACUGGAAAAUAUGUGUGGAUGGCAGUAUUGAUAAGAUUCAAACUGCAGCAAAGACUCACUUUAAAUGGGGAGCUGAGUGUCAGUCUUAUGAAGUGGCAGCAAAGCUUUCUGCUACAGGCGUCAUCAGAUCAACAGCAACUGUAACUGCAGAAAUGAACUGGGGAGAAGUUCCUGCAUUCAUCCAAAUGAUGGGCAAAAGUGUUAGAGAGUACCUGCCAGGUUUGUCCUACGCCUGGGGAUUCAAUCAGAAACAUGAGAAAAAUAUUGAGAGAGAAAUCUCAGCUACACUUCUGGCCUCUGCACAUGAAGGAUUUGAUCUUAAAGUCAAAGUUCCAGAGCUAACUGUGCACCGUCAGGGAAUCCCUUCACCAUUUGAAAUGAUGGGAAUUGAAAUUACAGAAGAAAGUGUAUAACACAUCAAGUUUACGACAAUUAUUACAAUAAGACAUGAUUUUACACUGCAUAUCCAUUAACUGCUAUUGACGACAUCUACAUUGUGAAGCUGCUGUAAUUCCUAAAUUGUUUGUACAUUUGUAAAUUGAAUUCAG